AUGGAGUGUCGUGAGCGUUAUUUCAUGAUGGCUGUUGAUCUCUCCUUCACUGGAAAGGAACUUCGCUUUGAAGCUGUGGAUAGAACAGGAGUGUAUGCCAUCACUGAACAGUAUGCUGCAAAGUGUGGCUAUACCGUGAGUGCUCUCCCUCUCCUGGGCCACGUGGAGCUCAGAGCUUCUUAUUUCAGCUGCCACACUGACAGCAAAGAUGACAUGUUCUUCUUUAAUUUUAACUUGAUCGCUACACAUAAGGAAAAGGAGGCCAGCUAUGCACUGAACAAGACCUGCACUUUAUCUCUCCAAUGGUCUCACAGAGAGGUUACCUGUGAGAUGAACUACAUGGAGGUAGUACGCAGCACCACUUCUUCAGACUGGCAGGUGACUUUUCAAAGACCGGAGAAGCAGAUGCCGUCCAUGAAUGUGUCACAAGCACGGAAGCGGGGCUAUACGUUUGACUCGAGGGAUGGAAGACUUCUGUUUCGAACGCCCUAUGGGCAACCUGACUCACUGAGCACUGAGGUGGAGGAUGUUCCAGUGGAGGCAGUGUAUGCAACUGUGUUCUCCAGACAAAACUGGGUUGUCCUUAUGGUCGACCUCUUGGCUGCUUGCUCCAUGUAUGAAGGUUACUUUGAUGACGGGGGCUAUAUGAUGUGGAAGACUCCAGAGGCGCUGUACCCGAGUGUCGGUGGCACACAGAUAAGGAUUGGACUGAACGGGGAUCCCAUGGAGCAGCUAAUUGCAGAGAAGAGGGGAUACAUUGUUGAGAAGCACAAAGGCACAGUCCAUAUCAGCAUCCCUUAUAAUGCUGAAGGAGGACACAGGAAGAGCUUUGUUAUUGGGAGCCUCUAUGAGUUUUAUGCCUUCGACCUCUCCGUGGAGCAGAUCUCAGUAGAUCGUGACUAUGUAGAUACCAUGCUCCAGUUUCGCAGGACUCUGGUUACUCCCCUGUUGCCCUGCACAAUUUUCACUCAUAAUCAAACAGUCCUUGAAGAACAGAUGUUCACCAUCUAUCUCGGCAAUGUUCCUGAAGAUGUCAUGUUAGUUUCUAUCCAGCUGAAUGAGCAAGACUUUAUGUUGCCAUUUACAAAUACGAGCACCUACAAGGUCACUGAAGUUCUUCACCCCAACGGCACCCAUGGCUACACACUGAAGGUGCUGUUCCACGACCCUGUUGUCAAACAGAAGUUCUUUAUAGAAGAUGCAGUUCUUCAGUUUAUACUGGAUAUUAACUACACGCUGGCUGUGCUACCUGGAAACGAGUCUUAUUACCGCUUGGCAUCCAUUGUGGCACUGUUCACAGAUGUCUCACCUCCAACCUUUGACGCGGUCUGCUCUGAGUCCGGGAUACGCUUCAAGCUGAACCAUCAGCCUUUUGACUACUUGUGGGAGUUAACCAUCGGGUUAGACGUGCUAACCUCAGACCUGGCAGACCGGCGUGGCUACAUCUUGAGUAAUGACAGCCAGAGUCUGCAGCUUGAUGUGCCACUUGCCACUCAUGGGUAUAAAUACCAGGACGUCACUUUGAAGGGAUUCUCAGGAACUUUUGAGAUCCUUGUGAGAGUUCGUGAAACAUCAGAAGUCCAGACGUCCACAGUGGCUAACUGA